AUGGCGCGAGAGCAUCUCUACCUCGUCUCGUCGGCCGUCUUGGGCACUUACAUCCUCUGGACCGCCGCCGAGUCGUACGUCCGAUGGAGCCGCGGCUCCCACCUCACGUCCUCGCACGCCCACGCCCAUCCCGUCCUCGCCCUGUUCCUCACCCUCCCGACCGUGAUCCUGUACAACAAGGCGCAGUACCUCUUGCGGAUGAAGGCGCGCGGCUGCGGCGAGGCGCCCGUAUUCCCGCACACGGACCCGGUCCUCGGCAGCGACUGGGUGCGGACCUCGCUCGCGCGGCAGCGGGACCACGGCCUGCUCGAGUGGUGGCAGGACCUGUUCGCGAAGCUGGGCUACACGUGGUGGGUGAAGACGCCGACGGGCUGGGCGCUCAUGACGAGCGAGCCCGAGAACCUCAAGGCGGUGCUGGCGGCCUCGUUCGACGACUUCCCCAUCACGGGGCCGAGGCGGGAGGCGGUCCUGCCGAUCCUGGGCCCGGAGGCCAUCUUCUCGGCCAACGGGGAGGUGUGGCACGGCGCGAGGGCCAUGAUGAGGCCGACGUUCGUGAGGGACCAGAUCGCGGACCUCGAGUGCUUUGAGAGGCACGUCGGCGACCUGAUUGCGAAUAUCCCAAAGGACGGCGGGACGGUGGACCUGCAGGCGCUGCUGUACAUGAUGACGAUGGACUCGGCGACGGACUUUAUGUUCGGCCACUCAACUAACAUGCUGACGACGCCGUCGCCCGAGGCCCGAGAGUUCACGUCGAUGUUCGAGUACAUCACGACCCGCGCGGCGGUCCGCUCGCGCCUCGGCCUGCUGACUUUCCUUGACAACGACAAGAAGUGGCACGAAGGGCUGAAGUUGAUCCACCGCUUCUGCGACAACUACGUCGAGCGCGUGCGCGCCGAGAACGAGGCCGGCGAGAAGACGCAGAAGAAGGAGAAGAUGGAGGAGGCGGCGGCGGCAGGGAUGGAGACACAGGACCCGAAGCGGGGCUAUGUGUUCCUCCACGAGAUGAUGGGCCGGCCCGGGAUGACGCCCGAGUACGUGCGCGCGCAGCUGCUGUCCAUGAUCCUGGCGGGCCGCGACACGACGGCGUCGACGCUGUCGGCGCUGUUCUGGAUCCUGGCGCGGAGGCCGGACGUCGUGAGCCGGCUGAGGGCCGAGAUCGAGGGGCUCGAGGGGCGGAGGCCGACGUGGGAGGAGAUGAAGGACAUGAAGUAUCUCAACAUGGUGCUCAAGGAAAUCUUACGACUGUACCCGACCGUCGCGACCAUGUCGCGCGGUACGGCGCGGGACACGACGCUCCCCGUGGGCGGCGGGCCUGACGGCAAGUCGCCCGUCUUCGUCCCCAAGGACACGCCGGUGCGGUGGUCGCUGUUCUGUCUUCACCGGAGAAAGGACCUAUACGGCGAAGACGCGGACGAGUUCCGCCCCGAGCGCUGGGAGGAGAGGCGGCCCUCGUGGGACUACCUCCCCUUCUCAGGUGGCCCCCGGAUCUGCAUCGGGCAGCAGUUCGCGCUGACGCAGAUGAGCUACUUCGUCGUGCGCAUGCUGCAGACGUUCGGGGACAUGGCGCCGAGGGACGAGAGGCCGAUGCUGCAGACGGUGGGGAUCACGACCAAGUUGCCCAACGACGUGCUGCUAAGCUUCACGCCGGCCUAG